ACAAGUCACAGGCCCUUCUGGAGAAAGGGAACAUUUGCCGCCCAUUGUAUUGGGUUCUUUCUUGGUGCCCAAGCACGAAUUCCCGAACAUGACAAAGGUUAUAAAUACUAAAUAGCAAAUUCAUCGUGCAUAGACAGAUUUCAUGGGAAGAUUUAAAAAAACCUCGUCGCUGUAUUCUUUCGUGAGGUCAAGAUAAUUGAUCGUUCUGGUUUGUUUGGAUUUUGUGGUCACCAUUCACGAGAGCGAUUACGGAAUAUUCCAAUGGAAACUCCUCUAGUAAUAGGUGGUGCUGUGGCAGGUGCUGCCUCAGGGACCAGAUACUUGAUUGCAGCAUGGCAAGCAUUCAAAGCUCGCCCAAUGAUGCCUCGUUCUCGAAAAUUUUAUUAUGGUGGGUUUGAGAAAGUCAUGACUAGGCGAGAAGCAGCAUUAGUCCUUGGAGUCAGAGAGAGUGCUGUGAUGGAGAAGAUUAAGGAGGCUCAUAAGAGGGUGAUGAUGGCAAAUCAUCCAGAUGCUGGCGGGAGCCAUUAUCUUGCUUCCAAGAUAAAUGAAGCCAAGGAUGUAUUGACGGGUAGGAACAAGGCAGGAAGCUCAGCAUUUUAGAUGAUACAGGGCAGGUAGAAGUGUAUGUUGAGGGGCAUUCAAGUUUUUGGGUGAGUACUUGAGGGUUAUUAUUUGAAAAAGAAAAACUGUAUAUCGGAGGUUCUCUUCUUGGGUUUAUCUAUACUUGCCAUUCAAGUCAAGUCAAAGUAACGGUUUGACUACUGUCAGCAUAGUAUGGCAUUCUCUUUACAUGUUUGUUUUGGUUAAUUACUAGAAAUAAAGUGGUCAAAUGGAGAAAUGGAGAAUAA